AUGUCGCCCAGCGCAACAUCGUCCUCAACAACGACGCCGAACUCGAAAGCACAGCGUGGCAGUACACCAAGCAUCCCACGGCCCUCUGCAAGCGUCAUAGUAAUCAACUCCAGCAAUGAGAUCUUAUUAGUGCAGAGGAAUGUACAGGCAAAGUCGUUUGCGGGUGUCCAUGUGUUCCCAGGGGGUAACUACGAUUCGAGACAAGAUGUUUCGCUUGAGAUGACAGCAAUAAGGGAGACAUUUGAAGAGUCUGGAAUAUUGCUUGCUUCUACGUCAAAGUCUCAGGAUGGGUCAUCAGUGUUGGACGACGCGGACCUUGAUGCGGCGCGCGAUGCAAUUCACUCACAGAAACUUCUCUUCAAGGAUUUCUUGAAGCAUAAUGGGCUAAGUCCGGAUGUCAAGGGGUUGCUGCCGUUCACGGAGUGGGUUACACCUGUGGGGAUACCGAGACGGUUUUACACUCGUUUCUACGUUUCUUUCCUUGGCUCAACCUCUUCCUCUUCAUCCACCAUUGCCUCCACUGUAAGCAGCCAAACCUUUACGCACGGACAAACGCAGCACCGGCUACCUACACCAGACGGAGCGCAUGAAGUCCUCUCCGCGAAAUUCAUCCACCCAUCAGACAUCAUCUCCCGUUUCCACUCCACUACCACCUCCACCACGGACCCCAUCAGCCUCUUCCCACCACAAUACUACCUCAUCGCCACGCUCGCCUCUAUCUUCUCCAACUCCGCCAGUCCGCACUCCACCACACAAGAGCAAAUCGAGAAAGUCAGAACGCUCUCGGGUGGUUACUUUGGAAGGAUGGUCAUCAACCCGAGGCGAAUUCCGAUCGCGGAGGAGGAGUUGGUUCAGCAGCAUGGUGAAGAGAUGAAGGGAAGGGCGGUGUUGGCGUAUGAGGGGGAUGAGAGGAGAGGUGGGAGCAAAGGGAGGAUGCAUCGAAGUCUGGUUUUGUGGGGCAAGAAUGGGGUGCGUACACUCUCCAUCAUCGCAUCAUCGUUUCAUCUCCCAUCUGCCGUCAAUGGGCCACUCUACUCGGUGGCACGUUGUCGGUCGCUGUGUUUCUCGUGCUGA